AGCAGGGGGCAGUAACAGCUGCUUGCCACUGCUACAGAAGCAGAAGAGGAACCAGCAAAAGAAGAGCAGGAGAAGAAGAAGAAGAAGAAGAAGACGAUGAUAGAAAACGUCACUCUUCAAAAUAUUUGAAGUUCCGCCUGUGUGGAGCCGUGUUUUCAUGAAGAUGUCUCAAAAUAAUCCCGACAAAGACGACCAAACAUCAAGUAACAGAAAGACGAUUUCUCUACCAAUUUCCAGGGUGAGGUUGAUCAUGAAGAGUUCUCCUGAUGUUUCCAGCAUCAACCAGGAUGCCCUUUUUCUCACCACCAAGGCUACUGAGCUGUUUGUCCAGCACCUUGCUCUCUCCUCGUUCAACAACGGCUCCGGGAAGGAAACAAAGUCCCUGUCUUACAGCGACCUGGCUAAAACCGCAGAGGAGACCGAGACUUUCCACUUUCUCGCAGAUAUCCUGCCUAAGAAGAUCUUGGCCCGAGAUUACCUCAAGUCUUUGGAGCAAAUGCAGGAAGAGGAAGCAGACUUUUAAAAAGACACAUUUCACAUCUUGAAAGAUGUUAUUAAAUAUACACAUCCUGCCAUUCGUUGACAGCAAAAUGAUUGGCAGAAGAGACAUCCCUGAACUUACUCAGUGCUUUCAAAUACACUGAUAGAGCUCAGCUAUAGGGUUCAUAGAAAAAAAGUUAGUGGAGGUGAAAGUAAAGCCACACAAGGUUGAUGUGAAAUCGGCUGAAGGCUCUGAGAUCAACUUUAAAUGCGACAAUACACUUAGAGGAAUGUAGAAGUUGUAUCAUACAUCUAUGACACAUAACUGAUGCCAGCAAGCUAAAAUUGUAGCAACAGCCUAAACAAAGGAGCCUUAGAUGAAUGAUAAUGCAAUCACCCCUUAACAUUUCUGCAGAAUUGAUGAUUACCUCUAAAGACAUCUUUUGUGUAGGCACAAGUACUGUUGUUGCUCAUAAAUGAUGUACUUGAAUAGUAGAUUAUGAACAUUAUGAUUUUGCAUGUCGCCCAUACAACUAGAAUAUGUUUGAAGAGUUAGUGGGACCAGUGACUUACACAUUUCAUGCUUGUUUUGCAUGUCAGGAGGAUAAAGGUGAACUGUGUUCCCCUUAAAACUUGCAGGCCUGCAUGGGCUCUGCCUGUGUAACAGACCAAGAUAUCACUGGAAUCCAUUCCACACAGCUGAGGCAUAUAUGUCGUCUCAGUUAUUGUUGUCAUUAAAAGAUGAUUGGGUGAACGCUU